GUCUCUCUCUUCCUAGGAGGCUCAGGUGGGUGUCAAGGGCCGGGACCCCCUUGUUUGGCCGUCCGGAGUGUUCCCUGCCCAAGCACAGCGAGGAGGAGCUGGGUCACAGGUCCUGGUGACAUCACGGGACAAUUACUGCCACAGAGCUGGAGAAGCUCGGGCUUGGUGACAGUGUGGACCUGCACGUGUAUGAGAUUCCCGUCGAGUACCAGACGGUCCAGAGGCUCAUCCCUGCCCUGUGGGAGAAGCACAGCCCACAGGUGAGUGGGGCGAAGGCAGGUGCUCCCUCAUCAGGACCCGCAGCUCGUGGUGCAUGUGGGGGUGUCGGGCAUGGCGACCACGGUCACACUGGAGAAGUGCGGGCAUAACAAGGGCUACAAGGGGCUGGACAACUGUCGCUUCUGCCCUGGCUCCCAGUGCUGCGUGGAGGACGGCCCGGAAAGCAUUGAUUCCAUCAUCGACAUGGACGCUGUCUGUAAGAGGGUCACGACGCUGGGCCUGGAUGUGUCUGUGACCAUUUCACAGGAUGCCGGCAGGUACCUCUGUGACUUCACCUACUACACCUCGCUGUACCAGAGUCAUGGCCGCUCAGCCUUUGUUCACGUGCCUCCCCUGGGCAAGCCCUACAAUGCAGACCAGCUGGGCAGGGCGCUGCGGGCCAUCAUCGAGGAGAUGCUGGAUGUCCUGGAGCAGUCAGAAGGCAAAAUCAGCUGUCGCCACAAACACUGAGAGCCUCUUGGGCCUCCCAAGAUCUCGUCCUACUAGAGACCCCGGGAGGGAUGUCCACCCUCCUGGCCAAGGAGGAUCAGCGCAUCAGCUGGGGAUCUGAUUUGGAUCAAUAUUCCAACUUACACACUUCCUCUUCCUUCU